AUGGGUCUGACCGCUCCGGACGCAGUGGCGGCCGAGGGCCCCAUCAAGUACCACCUCGUGGAAGCCGAAGAGGUGGGCCACAAACCACACGGAGCUACUGCCACUGCACGCACGGCAAAGCCCAAGCGCAAGAGCAAAUUCAAUUGGUCGCAGGUUCCUGUAGAGGGGGACGAGAUUGCGACUAUUGAAAAAAGACAAGAGAGUGGCCGCAGUAGUGUCCAUAAGGACGACACGCAGUCGGAUGGACGGCCACGGGGUCGACACGACGACCCGCAACAGAGUCGUAGUGGUGGGGGUGGGGAUCCCCGCACUGGCGGACGCUAUGGCGGACGUCGACAGCACGGAGACAGUCACGGCUCGUUUUACAAUGGCGUGUACGUCCCCACGCCGGACGUGACUGUGACAGCGCACUGGGCCAAGGACCAAAUUGAGUUUUACUUCACGUGCGACAACUUGGUGCGCGACAUUUUUUUGCGUCAGCACAUGGACGUCGAUGGGUACGUCCCUUUGGCUUUCGUGGGCAGUUUCCAGGCUGUCUACUCGAUUCACCAGGACUACGAGUCGCUCUUGGAGGCCAUGAAACACUCAAAGACUAUUGAGCUUGACGAGCAGAAUGAAAAGAUCCGUCUACGUACAGGCUGGGAGAAGUGGGUCUGGCCCAACACGAACGGUGGCUACGGCGUGCCCCGGUACGUGAAACAAAAGACGGACGAGGCGGUGGCGGCCUAG